GGCUCACCAUCCCUCUCUCCCUCCCCAAAGGCUGAACAGACUCAGCUAAGCACCCAUGGAUCUGUGGAACUGGGAUGAAGCACCCCCCCAGGAGGUGCCCCCAGGGAGCACGCUGCCAGGUCUGGAAGGAACUGAUUGCGGCUUCUACCUGCCUGAUUUGGCGCUCCAGGAGGACGCGCUGACAGCCGACACGUGCUGGAGAGGUCCUAUUCAGCUCUGGCAAUUUCUCUUGGAGCUGCUCCAAGACGGGGCGCGCCGCAGCUGCAUCCGCUGGACGGGUAACAGCCGCGAAUUCCAGCUCUGCGACCCCAAAGAGGUGGCGCGGCUGUGGGGCGAGCGCAAGAGGAAGCCGGGCAUGAACUACGAAAAGCUGAGCCGAGGCCUGCGCUACUACUACCGCCGCGACAUCGUGCUCAAGAGCGGGGGCCGAAAGUACACUUACCGAUUUGGGGGCCGCGUCCCGGGUCUAGCCUAUCCCGACAGCGCCGCGGGCGGGCAGGGAGCAUCGACCCAAUAAAAAUAUC